AUGCCCAAACCCAAAGAAAAAGAAAAACAAAAGAAAGACCGCGUCGAAUUCCACUUCUCCAACUGGCUCGUCGGCGGCUCCCUGCUCAGCGUCACCAGCAGCGAUGGCAAGACGGUGCGCGGGAAGAAGGUGAUUAUUACGGAGUCCCGACGAGGUUCUGCACAGGCGAAGUCCAAGUCGACGUCCAAGUCCAAGGAGAAAGAUUCAAGUUCAAGCUCUGAGAAAGAUGAGAAAGAUGAGAAGAAAGAGGAGGUUGUUGUUGCUGUGGUUACUUCGACUCCUGCUCCUGCUCCGGUGGUUACUCCUGCUCCAGCUCCAGAGGUACCGAUCGAGGCUGUAGUCGAGAAGAAAAAUGAAGAACCGACGGUAGAGCCGGCUCCUCAACCCCCCACCACCGCAACCCCCCCAGAGAGCUCGAAGAAAGACGAAGAAGCUGCGAAGCCCGCAGAGGAAAAAGUGAAAGCCAUCUCGGAGCCUCAAAACCCCAAUGAAGCAGCCCAAGCAGCUGAGGAGAAGAAGACGGAGUCUGUCGCAACACCCGUGGAGGAGCCGAAGAAAGAUGAGGAGGUGAGAAUAUAUAAAGGAGAUUUUCCUUUGCUUUUUUUUUUUUUUUUUNUUUGAGAGAGAGAGAGAGAGAGAGAUUUUGAAAAGCUUUCUUGGAUGAUGAGAAUCUGGAUUCUUGGAUCGGAGCUUGGACUUUGACUUGAUCGAUCUAUGAGCCUAUCAGCUCAUGAGAAUUGCUACUUCCUGCCUCUUCCUCAUUUCUUCAAGUAAAUAAUAUGCUAACCCAGCUUCUCAUAGGUCCCAACCGUCCCCUCCCCACCAGCCGCCACCACCGAACCAAAACCCACCUCCCCAACAACCGCAAAAUCCACACUCCCAUCUUCAUCCUCAUCCUCAAAGUUCACCCCCGAACAAGACGCCAAAAUCCUGUCCAUGAAAAAAGACAACAAAUCAUGGAAAGAGAUCCUCGCCGAGCUAGGCGGAAACAUCGCGAAGAAGGAACUGAUUAACCGGUUCAAAGAGUUGAGUACUGAGAAAGGUGGUAGCGGAGUGGCAACUACGACUACGACGCCAUCGGUUAAGGGUUCUGAGACUGCGGCGGAGAAGAAGGAUGAGGAACUGGAAAAGGGAGAGAGUGACAAAGAGAAGAAUGCUGGGGAUGGGGAUGGGGAGGUGGAAGUGGUGCUUGAGAUGUUUGGUGGAUUAGGCGAGGAUGAUAAGACGUUUGAGGAAGUUGAGAAGGAGAAAGCAAGCACCAAGGAGACAGGCAAAGAGAAAGAGAAAGACAAAAGUAGGGGAAAACCUCACGAUCACCACCACAGAAAACCCGCAAAACAAAACACCCCCUCAACCAACAAACACCCCAAACCCACACCCCCAGCCCCUCGACCAACCCCCAAAUCCCCGCCACCACCACGCACUACUAUCAUUGAAGACGACGACGACGACGACUGUCCCUGUCCCUUCUGCACACGCGAAAAGAACCGCGCAAGAGAGCUCGCAAAAGCCGCUGCUGAGUACUACGAGGCAUCACGGGAGUAUCUUGAGGCGUCGCGAUUUCAUGGAUCGUCAUCAUCACCCCAACAACACACAUUCCACCAAGAUCAAUCAAAGGUUCGAGAAAAAGAGAAAGGAAAGGGAGAAGGUAAAGAGAGAGGAGGGGAGGAAGCAAAAGAACCCUUCACAGGCCUGAAACCCGUUAGAGGCGUCUGGUCGGAAGAAGACUGCGCGGUCCUGGAUGAGUUGCGAAGAAGAUAUGCGGAGGAGAAGUGGUUGCGUGUUCAGGCUGCUUUUUUCAAUUGGACGGGUCGGAUGGUGGAUGCGAGCAUUAUUGAGAAUAAGUUCAGGCAGGAUGGGUAUGAGGGUUGA